AUGGGCACAUCAAAGUCUCGAGCCUCUGCAAAGGCUGCCAAAGCCCCUCCAGAUGUUCCUGCACGUCUCAUUCCCCCAAAGACCUUUGUUCUCGACAAUGGCGCAUAUACAAUGAAAGCGGGCUGGGCCUGCGAUCCCUCCGUCUCCUCCGAGGAAGCGCUAUCCCACUGCGUCACGAUACCGAAUGCGAUUGUCAAGACACGCGACAACCGAGUAUUUACUGGGGCUCAGCUGAACACCCAUGUCACGGACUGGAAUGAAGCGGUGUUUCGGCGCCCGGUGGAGAAGGGAUACGUCGUGAAUUGGGAAGCGGAGAGGGAGAUCUGGGAACAGACGUUCUUCGAGGAGAAGGCGACACCUCGAAACAAGCAGCUUCGGAUCACCAAACCGGAAGAAACCACUCUGAUUCUGACGGAGGCUCCAAAUAAUUUACCAGUGCUGCAGCGCAAUACGGACGAGAUGGUGAUGGAGGAGUGGGGCUUUGGUGGUUAUGCGAGAUGUUUGGGCCCGACCCUGAACGCCUGGAACGAUGUCAAUGCGCUAUUCGGUGAUCCCCUCGCCAAGAACGAUGCCGAGGUGUUGCCCAAAGACUGUCUCCUGGUGGUGGAUUCCGGAUACUCGCAUACGACAGUCACUCCAGUCUACAAGGGCCAGCCUUUACAACGAGCCAUCCGUCGACUCGAUGUCGGUGGCAAACUUCUCACCAAUUACUUGAAAGAAAUUGUCUCAAUGCGACAAUACAAUAUGGUGGACGAGACAUACAUCAUGAACGAGGUCAAGGAAGCCGUCUGCUUUGUCAGCAACGAUUUCAACAGCGACAUGGAACGGACGUGGAAGGCAAACAGACGGCGCGAAGAUAUGCAAAGUGUGGUUGUCGAUUACGUUCUACCUGAUCCCAAUGCCAACAAGAAGGGCUUCAUGCGGCCUCAUGAUCCGCUAUUACACGCCAAGAAAAAGAAGGGUGCCCUCUCAGGUCUCAGUGCAGAUAUCUUGUCAGAAGAUGUCCUUGUCCUCGGCAAUGAGCGAUUCACUGUUCCCGAGCUGCUAUUCACCCCCAGUGAUAUCGGUAUGCAGCAAGCUGGAAUUCCCGACAUGGUUCUUCAAAGCAUUUCUGUUUUGCCUCCUGGCUUGCACGCCGCUUUUCUGGCAAAUGUCCUCGUAGUUGGGGGUAACUCUUGCAUUCCUGGAUUCAUGGAGAGAUUUGAAAACGAUCUUCGAGCAAUUGCUUCUUCUGAAUGUGUCGUCAGAGUACGACAGGCCGAGGAUCCAUUCCGCUCGGCUUGGCUUGGUGGCUCUCGAUUUGCAAGUAACCGUGAGGAACUGGGGAAGCUGGUGAUCACCCGACAGGAAUACCAAGAAUAUGGCUCUGGUUGGGCGACCCGGCGAUUCGCUGGGCUGGUGUAA